AUGUCGCUCUCUAAAACUGCAAGUGUUCUCCUUGCUUCGGCUGCGCUGGUCGCAGGCCAUGGAUAUGUCACGAGUAUUGACGUCGAUGGCACGACUUAUGGAGGCUAUCUGAUUGAUACGUACUACUACGAGUCCGAUCCUCCCGAGUUGAUUGCUUGGUCCACGACCGCCACCGACGAUGGUUACGUUUCUCCUACUGCAUACGACGACUCCAGCAUCAUUUGUCAUCGUGGUUCGGCACCAGCAGUCCUCUCUGCUCCAGUUGCCCCAGGGGGUUCUGUCAAAUUGACCUGGAGCACUUGGCCUGACGAUCAUCACGGUCCAGUCAUUACCUACAUGGCAAACUGCAACGGCAACUGCUCCGACGUGGAUAUGACCACACUGGAGUUCUUCAAGAUCGAUGCCGGUGGUUUGAUCAGCGAUACUACAGUCCCUGGAACCUGGGCUUCCGAUGAGCUCAUCGAAGAUAGCUACAGUCGCACCGUCACCAUUCCCACCGAUAUCAAGGCCGGUGAUUAUGUUCUUCGCCAUGAGAUUAUCGCUCUUCACGGUGCCGAGGACCUGGAUGGCGCUCAGAACUACCCCCAGUGCAUCAACCUCCAGGUCACCGGCAGCGGCACUGCAACUCCUAGUGGCACCCUCGGUACCGCACUGUACAAGGAUACUGACCCUGGUAUCUAUGUCGACAUCUGGAACACCCUCAGCACUUAUAUCAUUCCUGGACCCACUUUGUAUACCGCCGGAAGUACAGCCACAGCUACCAGUGCGACCACAACCACUGCUGCUGAAACCAGUGCUACUACUACUACCGCUGCCACCAGUGUUACCAGCGACGCUGCAGCCUCUACAAGCUCCGCCGCAGAGACUACCGCCGUCUCCCAAACCACGCUGGCUACUACUUCCAAAGCCGAGCCCACCGGUCAAACUCAGCCUAACCAGCAUGAGCGCCCCGGCACUGGCGGUGCUUUCUCCAGCGCUUCUGAUACUGCCGCCGCCGCCACCACCACUACCACUACUUCUAGCUCAGCCGCUGCGACCUCUGGGGUCCUUAGUGGUGCGUGUAGCCAGGAAGACUACUGGUACUGCAAUGGUGGAACGGCUUUCCAGCGCUGCGUCAAUGGCGAGUGGGAUGCUUCUCAGAGCAUGGCUGAGGGCACCGAGUGCACUGCUGGUAUCUCUGAGACUCUGACUAUCUCUGCUUCCAAGAGACGCCGGGAGGUUGCUCACCUGCGCCGCCACCAUGUUCGCCUUGACUUGGAGUAAAAUAAAGUGG